AAGACCAAGCUACGUCUCACAGACAGCCGUCAGUCCUCCACCACCAGAGGGAGCGCUGGGUAGACAGUCCUCUCUAUGGCUCUUGUAACACCAUAGGAACGAGUAAUGCGGGUCAUCCACCUCCAGAGGGAGCGCUGUCCAUGCAAAGCCGCUCUCCCCACUAUCUCAGUCUCUAUGGCAAUAACACGUGUGCUGGGAGUGGAGAGAUAGCAGUCACUACUCCAUUGUAGAAUAUUACACACGUGUCCAUCUGCCAUGUUUGCUACAUGUGACUGGAAUGAUAACAUUGAGGCCCAAUCGCUGACGGAAAGUCUGGUGAGCGCACAGAAGAGGAAAUCCACCGCCAGUGUCACACAUGAGAAGGGGGCGAACAGUAGGAAGAAAAGGUUGAAGAGGAAUCGCCAACUUCUAGAGGUUCUGCAGACACUGAAGACUCCGAGCGCCUCUGACCCCGAUCUCCAGCCUCCGCUGCAUCUGAAUCCCCCUGAGAAACAGAGGAAAACAGCCCCAGUACACAAUACAACAAAGGCUCCGCCCCCUGAGACCCUCUGCGCCCAGUCUCCGCCCCCUGACUCAGGAAAGCGACUCAGCCGCCAGCAAUGGAGAAACAAGCUGAAGAACAAGAGGAAAAUUCGGAACAAGUUUAAGAUAAUCCCAGAAUCGGGGGGCAGAUCGGAGGACAGUGCCGAGGAUGGGAAGACGGGGCGAGGCCAUACCCUGGCAUCUGGGGAUCAGGACGAGGGGCAGCCUGAAGGGUUAGGGGUUGGGGCAGAUCAGUCAGAAGAUGUUUUAUCACUUCCCAGAAACAGGGGUUCCAGGAUAAAAGUGGGAGUUCAGAAGAAACCGCUCCAGGUAAAUGGUGGGAAGAGACCAUCGGAAGGGGUGCAGCGGAAUGCAGACGACUCCGCUCCUCGCCAGGUGACGCCUCUAGAAAAAGCAAGAUUGAAGAAGCUGAAGAAAAUAAUGCAACGAGAAGAUUGUGGUGGAAAUCCGAAGGACAAUGUCAGGGAUUCGGAGGAGCCAGAUAAUGGUGAGACGGGAAAACAGGGACCUGACUCCCUGCGUUCUCGCAUGGAGCAGAGACUGAGUUCUGCGCGCUUUCGUUACAUUAACCAACAGCUAUACACGUCUGACAGUCAGGACGCACUCAGCCUGUUCCAGGAUGACCCCGAGGCCUUCAGCAUUUAUCACACAGGCUUCUCACAGCAGGUCCAGCGCUGGCCAGUCAACCCAAUCACGGAGAUCAUCAAGUACGUCAAGAACAGGCCCUCCUCUCUGGUGGUGGCAGACUUUGGCUGUGGAGACGCUCUUCUGGCUCGCAGUGUGCGGAAUAAGGUUCAUUCAUAUGACCUGGUGGCGCUGAAUGAUCACGUCACAGUGUGUGACAUAGCCCAGGUUCCGCUCUCGGAUGGGACCAUCGAUAUUGCUGUGUUCUGUCUCUCGCUGAUGGGGAAGAAUCUGGCUGACUUUCUACAGGAGGCAAAUCGUGUGCUGAAGCUGGGGGGAACGUUACUGGUGGCAGAAGUGAGCAGCCGAUUUGAUGAUAUCCGACCAUUUCUUAGUGCAAUGUCGCAGUUGGGCUUCAAGAGUGUCAGUAAGAAUACAGACAAUCAUUAUUUCUUCACGUUUGAGUUCAGUAAGGUCGGUCCUGCCCGAGACACCUCCAGACAUUCAGGGCUCCAGCUGAAACCGUGUCUAUAUAAGAAGAGAUGAUCGCCUGGAGUGGACCUCUGUAUAAAAUGUAUAAAUAAAUCGUGUUCUCUGUGA